GAGCCGGCACCGGAGGGUAUGUGCGUAAUUUGGAGAAGUAGACAUUGUGGUGGUAAGCCCGUACUCGGCUGCGAGAACGACGACCGGGGGAUGAAUAGGCGGGGCCGGGGUAUGCCCGCUCGCUCGCUCCCGUUGACAGGAUGCUGCACGGUUCAAGAAUGCUACGCCGCAACCCCACGGGCAGUUCAUCGCUUACUGGGCUGCAAGUUAGUCCGGCGGUGAGACCCUUUGCAAAUGCGAAAAAAGCCUUCUCUUGCGUAACAAUGAAGCUUUUGAAGAGGUGCAGCUCCAAGAUCUUGCUCGGCGGAGCGAUGGAGGGGCCCAGACCAGCCCAAAGCCGACGCGGUCAUGAAGCUAUACCGAGGUGCGGCAGCUUUUCGCGACAAGGAGUGUUGGAAUCGAAGGAAGUGAGCACGAUCUGGGCUAUCUGGGGCAGGCUGGAAGUUUGGAAAAUGCCAAGUGUUGUUGUACGAGUGCACGAUGAGAGGUUGGUGUUGCGGGGCUGCUCACCGCCCGGCGCACGGAUGCAAUUGGACUUGAACGUAAGCGGAAAGUGGGGUGUGGGUGCGAAUUUUCAAGUCGCCAUUAGUUGCAGGCGGCUGUCAAUUAUAGAUCGACUUGGAGCCGCUCCGAAGCCAGCAAUGGAGACGCAGGCGGCAUGUGGAAAGCGCCGGAGCAGCCGUGAUGCCCCGCUGAGGAUGGCAUUCUGGGGACGGUGAUCUCUCGAAAGCAAGGUGCCCGCGAUGUCUCGGAUAAUGUCAUAUCGCAGGUCGAGCUGGUGGCGGCGUCGAAUCGGGGUGGACGUAAAAGACCCCCAUGCUCGGCCCGUGCGGAGCAUGUCGACCACACGCUGAAGCCAUUCAGGAAGCGGUAUGCUAAGCGGAGAAGGGGUCCAGCAGUCGGCAAGCCUGUGUCACAUCAGCGCAACUACAUCAGCGCCCCGCGG